AUGUCUUCCACCACAAAUUGGAAAUCAGAUGAACUCCCCAAAAGAACUCACCAUCCCCUUCUCACUCGCUUCGCCCUGAACAACGCAGGCCGGACUCUCAAAGCUGCCCUGUCCAUGGCGGCUGUCUAUCUCUUCACGCGUCUAGUCUGUCUGCUACUCGCGAAGACGAACGCUGAAUCCCUUCAAGACCCAGGCUGGCUCUAUGCCCGCGCCGUCCAUCGCCCCCCUAUCGCAUCCCCCAAGAAGCUCCGUCUCAACAUCACCAAUGCGAACCAGGCUGACCUCCCCACCAUCGACAUCCUCAUCCCCUGCUGCGGCGAAGCCGACGACAUCAUCAUCGAGACCGUCCGCACUGCCCGCGCCAUCCACUAUCCCUCCUCCCACGCCCGCAUCGUCCUGCUAGACGACACCAACUCACCCGUCCUCCGCACCGCCAUAGCCACACUCAACCUUCCCAACCAUCGCAACAUCCACUACCACACGCGCGGCCCAAAGACAAACACCACCGACUUCGACAAAGCCGGCAACCUCAACCACGCCCUCUCCACCCUCCCCAAGCCCGCCCCUUCAUCGCCCUUCACCUGGUACGUCCAGCUCCUCACCCCCAGUCUCAACGCCUACGGUCUAGCAAUGGCCACGGGGUCAGGCUUCGUCGUCCGCCGUUCCGCCCUAACCACCAUAAACGGCUUCUCGAACCUCACCUCCACAGAAGACAUCAUGCUCUCCUGCGCCCUCCACCACGCAGACUACCACGUGCUUGUCCUCCCGGAAGUCAUCCAGUACGGACUCGCCCCGCCUUCGCUCAAAGGAUACGCCUUCCAGCAAUCCCGCUGGGCGUCUGGUCUGGCUGCCGGCCUACUCGCCUUGCGGGACGGACCCCGUAACAACCUCCCUGAUACUCUCCGUCCCCGCAUCGCCUUUCAAGGCUUUCGCCAUCUGUGGAGUCACUUCUACCGUGUCGUGGCGCUGCUGGGUGUGCCGUUGGCUGUGUGCUCGGGGAAGGCCCUAGUCCCGGGGGUAGCAGUACGCGCGCAAACGGUGUUAGCGUGUUGGGUAUUAGCCCUGAUGUGGUUGCUGGAGGGAAUGAGAGUUGCAGGGGCGGGAUUUCGAGUGGGUGUUUUUGCGCAUUUUGAGGGCGUUUGGUUGGCGGGGGGUAUUUCGCAGGAAACCUCGUCUCCUCCAUACACGUCCUCUUCUCAGAACUCACACGCAGAAACAAACCUGAAAGCAGAAACAAAACCAAAUCAUCCGUAA